AUGACAUAUCGAGGGUUUGGUUACGUUGUGGAUUCCUGUCCUACCAAUGAGAAAGAGUUUAUAACAGGUGCUACAAGACUGAACUGUGGAGUGGACCAGUAUGGACGUAAUCAGUAUACCUGUGUCCCUAACGAAGACAGAUCAGCUCUUAUAGAAUUCUGUUACAGCAAAAUUGUCGGGUUAUAUCAAUUGGGACAUUGCCUGGAGACAGUCGGAGAUGGAAACUUGGAUCAGAUCAGUUGUCAGCAUUUUCAAGCCGGUUGUCCAGAAGAAAACUUCAGAGGAACAGACUUACACAAAUUUUCAGCCUGCAGCAGGAUCAACACUGAAUUUCAAUGUUUUUAUGCAGAUCCUUCUUGUCCAAACAGAACAAAAAAUUAUCCUCACAACAUAAGUACACCGGUUGAUAGCAUUAUCAGUUCCACAAUAAACAUGUUGACCACAGAGACCGGCAUUGUAGUUGAAGAAUCGAGCGAUGUAGGAUUGAUUAUAGGAAGUACAUAUUUUAUCGUAUUAAUUCUGUUCUUAGUCCUUGCCAUUAUUUUCUGGAAAAAGAGGAUUUCAAGAAAGAGAGAAUACACAGGGAUUCCACUGGAAAUAAGUAUGUGGUUCAUAAAAAUUGACAAAAGGAUUGAUGUAAAGAACUGUUGA